GUGUUUAACAAUGUCGUAUGUAACUUUAGAGACGGUCCCUUAAUUUCCGCAUAUCCACGAAUAUCGAACAUCCAACCAACUUUAUUCCAGUUCCCCUCCUUCUUUCUUUCUUAUUCAUUUCCCGCUUUCUUUUUUCACUCUUCUCUACUCCAUCUCCCCUUCCUUCCUUCCUUCCUGUCAGUCUUUCCAUGGCAACAGACUCCUCCCUCCCCUUUGCAGGCCACGCCCAAAGGCACAUGACUCCGUUGGCACAAAAACAAAGCCCUCAGCUUGUCCCCUCGCUACUCAGAGACUUUGGUGUAUUUGUAUAAUGGCGCAGGCGGGUGUGAUUCUGGAACAUGACCAGUUUAACUGUUCGAUCUGUCUGGAUGUGCUGAAGGAUCCUGUCACGGUUCCGUGCGGUCACAGCUACUGUAAAGCCUGCAUUAAAGGCUACUGGGACCAGGACGAUUAUUUGGGGGUGUAUGGCUGCCCUCAGUGCAGGCAGAGCUUCUCUCCCAGGCCUGUGCUGGGCAGGAACACGAUGUUAGCCGACGUGGUGGAUAAACUGAAAAAGACCACGAUUAAUUCUGCUUCUUCUUCCCUGAAACCCGAGCCCACUCAAGCCGAGCUGGGGGACGUGCAGUGCGACGUGUGCACGGGGAACAGAAACCGAGCCGUUAGGUCGUGCCUGAUUUGUUUAGCGUCUUACUGCGAGGAUCACCUGAAGCCGCACUACGAAUCCGCCGCUUUCCAGAAGCACAAACUCACAGCACCGACCUCCAGCCUGCAGGAAAGCCUGUGUCCCCGCCAUGACAGGCUGCUGGAGGUUUUCUGCAGGACCGAGCAGCGCUGCAUCUGCUAUCUGUGUUUAACCGACGAGCACAAGGGACAUGACACGGUGCUGGCCUCCGCGGAGAUGACCGAGAGAAAGGACGCUCUGGCGGAAACACAAAGGAAAUCCCAGCAGAGGAUUGAAGAGCGAGAGAAGGAUUUGCAGGACCUGAGGCGAGCCAUUCAGUCUCUCACUCUCUCAGCGCAGGCGGCUCUGGAGGAGAGCGAGCGGAUCUUCACGGAGCUGGUUUGCUCGAUAGAGAGGCGGCGUAAAGAGUUGAAGGUGCUGAUCUGCGCUCAGGAGAGAGUGGCAACGAGCCAAGCUGAGGAGCUUCUCCAGCAGCUGGAGCAGGAGAUCGCCGAGCUGAAGAAACGAGACGCCGAGUUAAGCCAGCUCGCUCAAACCGAGAACCAAAUCACCUUCCUGCAGAACUACGGGUCAGUGUGUGUCCAACCCGUGUGUAUGGACCUUCCCAGCAUCACAGUGGACCCUGGAUUUGCCUGUGUGAUGAAUGCGGUGUCUGACUUCCAAGCUCUGCUCAACGACGUGUGCCAAGGUGGAUUUGUGAAUAUUUCAGAAAUAGCCAGUGAAGUUAAUAUUGUUCAGAAUACCAAGCCAAAGGCUGAUGCAGAGUCGAACACAGACCUUCAGACAAAUCCGGUCAUUCAAGGUUUUGUUGGCCAAAAUACUUUUAGUGUUGCAGUGCCAACGUUUAGUGGUUUCACAAUGUCAUCAGCAAUUGGCUGCAGAACGUCUCCUCGACUGAGACUUCAUCAGCGGAGAAGACGGCGCCUCGCUCUGCUUCUCCCUUAUCUGUCAUUAAAAAUGGCAGCCGCAGCUAGUAUCUCGGUGGACGAGGACCACUUCUGCUGUCCCAUUUGUUUGGAGGUGUUGAGGGAUCCAGUGACUAUUCCCUGUGGCCAUAGUUACUGCAUGGAGUGUAUUAAAGGCUACUGGAGGAAAACCGAACACAAGGCGGGUUACACCUGCCCUCAGUGCCGGAGAGGCUUCAACCCGAGACCUGCUCUGGCCAGGAACACUGUGCUGGCAGGUCUGGUGGAGAAGCUGAGGGAGAAGCUGAGGGACGCCGGGAUCCAGGAAGCUCCUCACGCUAAAAUGAUCGACGUGGAGUGUGAUGCGUGUCAAGGGAGAAAGCGCAGAGCUGUGAAGUCAUGUGUGAAGUGUUUGGCCUCCUAUUGCGAGGCUCACCUCAAACAGCACAAGACACACAAACUAACCGACGUAACCAGACAACUGCACAAGAGAGUGUGUAAUCGUCAUGGCCGACUGUUCGAGCUUUACUGUCGCACAGAUCAGCAGCUCGUCUGCCCUCUUUGCGUGACGGACGGACACAGCGGACACCACACGGUGCCAGUUGUCGAGGAGAGGACUGAAAAGCAGAGGCAGUUAGAAGAGGCUUUGAGAAGAUCAAAACAAAGGAGCAAGGAGAAAGAAAAGGAGCUUAGGAACAUCAUGAAAUACCUCAAGCGCUCAGCACAAGCCGUGGAGGAAGACAGUGAGAAAAUCUGCACCAGGCUGCUGCGCUCCGUCGAGAGGAAACACAGCGAGGUUAAGGAGCUGCUCAGAGCUGAAGAGAGAGCCGCACUUGCCAAAGCUGAGGGACUGCUCGAGCAUCUGGACCAACAAACUGAAGAUACCAGGAGGAAAGAAGCCGAGCUGGAGCUGCUCUCAAACACUGACGAUCACAUCCACUUCCUGUUGAAAUGCAAACCCCUUUUGGUUCCUGCUGAUCCUGAUGAGCUGCCUGGCGUUGACGUCCAUCCAUACUUCUCAUUGAUGGUCCUGAGAAGAGCCAUCACAGAGCUGAGUGAGCGAGUGAACGACGUGUGCGACAGGGAGUUAGCCAGGAUCUCAGAUUUAAUAAAAGAUGAGCAGAGUCUGUCAACUGAAAGCUCUUCCCCAGUUCCUGUAUGUCCUGAAAUCGUUUCUCCUGUGGACCAAGCACAAAGUGAGCCAAAGACCAGAGCCGACUUUUUACAGUUCUGCUGUGAAGUGACAUUGGACCCAAACACUGCCAACUCCUUCCUCUGCCUUUCAGAAGGGAACCGGAAGGUUACCACCUGCUACGAGUCCCAGUACUAUCCAGAACAUCCGGAGAGAUUCAGUGGCUGGGCUCAGGUGCUGGCCAGGGAGCCUGUCUCCACACGCUGUUACUGGGAGGUGGAGUGGAGUGGCAGUGGUGGGAUCGGUAUCGGAGUUUCUUACAAAGGGAGUAACAGGCAUGGCGGGAGCACUGACGGAAAACUAGGCUGCAAUUCCAAAUCGUGGGGUUUGAACCUUUCUGAUGGCCAUUGCAUAUUUCAGCACAAUAAAACCAAGCUGGAGAUCCCAUCUCCUAUUUCAGCCAGGAUAGGUGUGUAUGUGGACCACAAGCCAGGGAUUCUAGCUUUCUAUUGCAUCUCUCCGAGAAGGGACACGAUGACUUUAUUGCACAGGAUACAGACAAAGUUCUCCCAGCCUCUGUAUCCCGGAUUUUGGCUUGGCCUUGGUUCCACAGUCAAACUGUGCUCCAUCCUUAACUUCUCAGCUUAGAUAAAUGUGGAAUCCGCAGAACAUCUUAUGCAGCAAGUGGACUUGUGCUAUCUUUACUGUUUAAACCAAAUCUGUGUUCAGACUUACAUACAAGACUGGUCAGGACAGGUCACAUUCCUUAACUAACCCACAGGCUAGGAAACCAAGAAGUGAAUAAAAGUAUUAUUUGGAGGUAAUCAGUAAGCUUAGCUAGCUACCUGAUGUUAACAUGACAGCUGUUUAAACUUUGCACCCGUCAGCAUGUUCCCCACGUAGCCAUAGUCAAGGCCAUCGUAGAGCAAUUCCCAUCUGUGCAAAUUGAUGACAAAUAUUAGGUGCAAUAAAACUGACGACGAAAGUCGCAUUACUUUUUGA